AUGGCUGGUGUAAGGAAGCGUACUGGGUACUCGAAGAUCGAUAAGGAAGACCCGGAAGAGGUCAUUCAUCGACGAGCGCAGUUCUUGGUCUACAAAGUGAUGCAGCAAGCCGACUAUCGUAGAAGGCCUUCCAAUUUGAAGAUUAGAAUACGGAAAUUGAAGGUUAAGUUCGGGAUGAGAUUGAAGAAGUUGAGGAAGAGCAUGCUGCUAAAUAUAUCUGCAGCGAGAGUUGUCGUUUAUAAACAAGUGUUUAGGCAGUUGAAAACUUGCAAGAGCUUGUUUGGCCGCGGAGAGGAGCCAUUGCCAGCCUUCAACCUUUGUUCACUUGCACUCUAA